UCUUCUUUUUGGAUUCGGUUCGUUUGAUUUUGUGAUACGGUUAUACAUGUUGAAAUAAAUGAUAACGUAAAACAAUUAUAAAUAGUAAAAGAUAUUUCUUUCGAUUCUUAUCGUCGGCAUAUUUUAGACGUGGUAGAGCAAAUCAAAUAGAAAAAAGUUACACGUGGUAAGAAAACAAUUUGAUUUUUAUCACAGAAGUUUCUAUUAUUAUCAACAAUGAGUCACAGGUGGGAAAGUAACAGAACAUCAUCAAGAUAUGAUCAAUCAUCACAAAGAUAUGAUCAAAAUUCAUCGCAAAGAUAUGAUCAAAAUUCAUCGCAAAGAUAUGAUCAAAAUUCAUCGCAAAGAUAUGAUCAAAAUUCAUCGCAAAGAUAUGAUCAAAAUUCAUCGCAAAGAUAUGAUCAAAAUUCUCGCAAUUGGGGAGGAACCAAUAGAGACAGAAGAGACAGUCAGAGACACUAUAAUAGAUCGUCCAGUGAUAACUGGAAUAGUGACUCAAAUACUCAAAUCUAUAGUAAUAGUUCACGUAAGAGGAGUAAUGAUGAUUCAAAUGAUACAAAUGAACUUGUUAUGUACAUUGAUGCCAACAAUGUUGGAAGACUUAUCGGAAAGGGUGGCAGCAAAAUUAAAGCUCUGCAAGAUGAAAGCAAUGCUAAGAUCAAUAUUGACAAACAAUCAAGUGAAAAUGGACAGACUGCUGUGAAAUUAAUUGGUACAGAUGAAGCGCAGCAACGAGCUAAAAAUUUAAUAGAGGAACUAUUAAUUGAUAGAAAUAUUUCACAUCAAAAUGUAGAAUCUGAUCAAAGGAGAGAAACUAAUUUUGAACAAAAGAAGCAAGAAAUUGAUUGGAAUAGUUUUGAUUGGACCAAAGCCAAUGAAGAAUAUGAAAAUCGUCAGAAGGAAAGAUGGGCAACUUUGCCUCCUAUUAUAAAGAACUUUUACAAAGAAGAUCCAGCUGUUGCUAAUAUGUCAAAAGCGAAAAUAGCCGAACUAAAAAAAAUCAACAAUAAUAUAGAAGUUAAAUAUGUUUUCGAAAACGAAGAAGGUUCUGACGAGAUAAAAAUACCGAAUCUUAUUGAAACUUUUGAACAAGCUUUCCAAAAUUAUCCAGAAAUCCUUAGAGAAAUACAAAAACAGGGAUUUACAAAACCAAGUCCUAUACAAUGUCAAGCAUGGCCUAUUUUAUUGAGUGGUCAAGAUCUUAUCGGGAUAGCGCAAACUGGAACUGGAAAAACUCUUGCUUUUUUACUGCCUGCUUUGAUCCAUAUCGAUGGGCAAAUAACUCCACGCGACGAGCGCCCUGGGCCAAAUGUUCUCGUUAUGGCACCGACGAGAGAAUUGGCGUUGCAAAUUGAGAAAGAAGUAGGAAAAUAUUCUUAUCGCGGCAUUAAAGCGGUGUGCGUAUACGGUGGCGGAAAUCGCAAAGAACAAAUCAAUAUUGUAACAAAAGGCGUGCAAAUAGUAAUUGCGACUCCUGGGAGAUUAAAUGACUUGGUACAAGCAGGAGUGUUGAAUGUAUCAGCUGUAACAUAUCUCAUACUUGACGAAGCCGAUCGUAUGCUGGAUAUGGGUUUUGAACCACAAAUUCGUAAAACCUUACUGGGUGUGCGACCAGAUAGACAAACUGUUAUGACAAGCGCUACAUGGCCUCAAGGUGUAAGACGCUUAGCUCAAUCAUACAUGAAAAAUCCGAUUCAAGUAUGUGUUGGAUCACUUGAUUUAGCAGCUGUUCACACUGUAACACAAAAGAUUUGUAUGAUUAAUGAAGAUGAAAAAUUAGAUAUGAUGCAUCAGUUCUUUCGUGAGAUGGGCUCUUAUGAUAAGGUGAUAGUAUUUUUUGGUAAAAAGGCAAAAGUGGACGAUAUCUCUAGUGAUCUAGCUUUGUCGAAAAUAGAUUGUCAAAGCAUUCACGGUGAUAGAGAGCAAGCAGACAGAGAACAAGCAUUAGAAGAUCUAAAAACUGGGGCGGUUCAGAUUCUUCUUGCGACCGAUGUAGCAAGUCGAGGAAUCGAUAUUGAAGACAUUACACAUGUAUUAAAUUAUGAUUUUCCAAAAGAUAUAGAGGAAUACGUUCACAGAGUUGGACGUACUGGACGCGCGGGUCGAACAGGUGAAAGUAUCACUUUCAUGACAAGACAAGACUGGCAUCAUGCUAAGGAACUUAUCAAUAUUCUUGAAGAGGCUAAUCAAGAAGUACCUGAAGAAUUAUACAAAAUGGCUGAAAGAUAUGAAGUGUGGAAGCAGAAGAAAGAUUCAGAACGAUCCUAUUUAAGAAAUAGUAGAGAUGGAAACAGAAGUAGAGAUGGCAACAGAAGUAGACAAGGCUACAAUCGUAGCCGAUGGUAAAAUGAAACGAAGAUUUAUAAGAUGUAUGUUUAUUAUAAGUACUACCUAUACAUACAUCCUAUACAUACAUACAUACAUACCACACACACACACACACA